ACUGUAGGGGGAGACGAAGAGUUAAAAACAAAAUGGGGAUUUUUUUUUUUUUAUUGCUUGUAAUACGUAUUGUAUAAAAACUCAUUUCAGAGUGCACUGCAAUUUAAAAGGAAUGCCAGUCUGCAGGAAGCCUAACAACGCAAUCAAACAAGGCCAAAGUCAAUAAUGGUGGCGUCCCUUCUUUUGGUGCUGUACAUCUGUCAGAGUGCCUCAGCCUCCACCAGCACCUGGGCACCACCAGAGGUCUGGCAAAACAAUGGUGCUCUGUAUGCAACCUGUAAAGUGAGACCAAGCUCCACGCUAGCUGAGGGUUUGCCCAAAGUCUAUGGCCAAGUGCUCUUCAAGCAAGAUUAUCCUCAUGGGAAGCUCAGAGUGAUUCUCCGCUUCAAUGGAUUCCCCACGGGGAGCGUGCCAGCGUCCAGGGCGGUGCACAUUCAUCAGUAUGGAGACCUGCAGCAGGGGUGCGAUUCCGCUGGAGGCCACUACAACCCUGAAGGUGUCAAUCACCCCAACCACCCAGGAGAUUUUGGAAACUUUGUGCCUCAACAAGGCAAAAUCAACGCAGCAUUUGAAUCUGAGGCCACGCUAUUUGGUAAUCUGUCUGUGCUUGGAAGAGCAGUCGUGAUUCACGAGCACCAGGAUGACCUGGGCCUUGGGGGGGAUGCUGGCAGUCUGCUUCAUGGAAAUUCAGGACGCAGGCUCGGUUGCUGUGUUAUUGGGAUUUCAACCCCCAAUCCCUGGAAUACAUACUCCAGGUCGAUGACUAGGCGCCUGCAGAAAAUUUAAUGCCACACUUGCCAUACAUCUAUUCUACAUGCGCUUGCAGAUCUUAAAUAUAUCAAUCCUACAUCAUUGCCUAGGCUCAAUAUGCCUGAUAGACACUUUUUUUUUUUGCUGUGCAAACAUAUGAAAAGUAGUUUAUUUUGAAGAAAUUAUUUACUAAUACACUUGUUUCAUCACACAAUGACAAGUGCUUACAAUUGGAAUAUGUAACAGUGCCCCUCCUGAGGCAGUUGUCGUAACUAUUCAUCCAGUGCCGUUGGUGUCCCUUACACGCAGUCUUUAAAUGGUGUGCUCGCAAUUUGUUUCACUCUGUAGCUUGUGAAUAAAUAAACAGCUGAUGCAACUA